GCCAACAGCAGCAAAUGCAUGUGUUGUGCUGUAUGUCUCAAAUCUAUUAUCAUGCUACAAAUGAUGCUUGUCAAGAUUAUCCAGGCGUUUGUGGUACUUUAUCUUAAUAUAGAUUUUACUCACGGCACGGUUCUUCAUCAGCCUGACUCUCUUAUCCUAGUUGACCCUGGUGCCAACGUGACUCUGCAGUGCUUUUUCACAGAAAACUACAGCAUGUAUGACAUGUUUUGGUACAAGCAAAUCAAGGGCCAGCAGCCUUGUGCUGUAGUUAAAGCUGGAGCAGUUGCUGAUCCCAUCUUUCAUAAAGGAUAUAUGAACACGCGCUUCAAUAUCAUCAGGUCAAAAAAUAGUCUUUCUCUUAGUAUCAUUAACAUUAGUCACUGGGACGAGGCGGUCUAUUACUGUGGAGUGGAGAUUUUCUUUGAUAUUGAGUUUGGAAAUGGAGUAUUUUUGUCAUUAAAUGUAUCAUCUUUUAACUCUACAGAAAGAGAUGAUCUUAUUGCAGUCGUUAUCUUUCAGUGCAACAUUAUUGGAAUAUGUGCAGUGUGGAUCAUAUGUCUGUGCAUCACGAUUAAACAACAAAACGCUUUAUCUCCAGUUUCUUCCAUCCCCAGUCAGUGUCAUAGAGGACACAUACCUGUCCAUAUUCAAAUGUCUGAUGCAAAGAGUCACACAUCUAGUUCUGAUGCUAAUCAAGAUCAAGAAGCUUGAAGAGACAAUGAUGCCCAAUAAAAUGAGGAUCAUUUGAGAAUGAAACAUCUUGGUCAAAAAAAAGAGGAAAAAUUUGCCAUAUUUAUUUAAUA